GCACUUUUCAACAUGGCCGUUUGAAUAAAUUUCUGACGCUGCUUGGAUUUUUGGUUAAUGUUUUGUUUGGGCGUUGUCGUGGUUGUUUGAAAGGAAAUGUUUAUUUAAAACUGUUUUAUCAUAAAUAUCAAAAUGACGUGGGUAAUAUACAAUUUUAUAUUCUUCUCGUCACUUUUUGUAAUAUGCAAGUCCGAAUGUCAAAUUCCGAAAGUAAUGCAAAACUCAUGGUUCUCAUGGGAAAACGGCCGACAAACAAUGACCGAGUUCAAUGCAGAUGUCAUGCGACGAACAGGUCUACCUGGAGACUUGCCUUGUAUCAACAUUCAGGAGGAGAAUAAAAUCAAUUUUACACUGGUAAUACACAACAAUAAAGAAGGCUGUUACAUCUGUUCCAAAAUAAUGGUGCGAACUGUCAACGUACUGGAGAAGAUUGAAUCUGUUUGCGUUACUCUGCAGAAGAACGAGCAGCCUACUGUUGAAAAUGUAUGCAGGUCUCUGUACAAACAUCAGCACAUUAUAACUCUAUUUUCGGAAAAUCCAGUACCGGUUAACUGCAGGUCGAGUGUUGAAGGUGUCUUCCAUUUUGCCUAUCAGAAUCGUUUCCGUUUCACGGGAGAAUGCAACCACCCGGAUGCCCAUAUAAGGUCAUGUCAGCAGGCCGGAUCACAGUUUCUUAUCACCAAUCAGAAGUUCAACAUAACCUACAGAAAGUGUGAGGGAAUGUCAGGAACUUUCGAAGCUUUUGUGGAGUACAGUUGCCUGGGAGACUGGUUCGUGGACAAGAAUCACUUUUUCGCCGUGGCCAACACUAAGGAGUCGCGUAAAGAGGAGAAGUAUCGCUGCUUCCUGAAGAACAGAGAUGACGAUCUCUUCCUUGGUGUGUCCAUCACUGCCGAGUGCAACACGUUGAAAACCGUUGAAAAGAGUCCCGAGCGUAUGCAUGUUACUCCAGUGAAAGCGGAAGUGGUAGAGCCGGGCUGCCGACUGCCGCAGAACUUCUCUGGCGAGUGGAUCAACACGGCGAAUCUGGACGCUGAGGUUCGCAUGAACGAGACGCACAUUGAGGAGAAGUGGUACCCGGACGAGGGUCGCUACAGGCGCACCAUAUACGUGUGUCGUGAGACAAGGGAUUCGCGGUAUAUGAUGGCCCGGUUGACUGUCGAUGGAUGUCAAAAAGAUUACAUCUGCUUUGACUUUGUGGCGAGACAUCAUAAUGUAAUCAGAUACCGGAAGGGAAUUGCCGUCAUCAAGGACGACUUCCACACAGUCUGCUCCUGGAAACAAUUCAACAAGCAGAAGGCCUGGAAGUACGACCUCUUCUUGUCAAAGAACCCAGUUCCCGUGCGUUGCCCGGUGGCGGGCAAGUUCAACUUCACGCAGCGCGGUGACAUCCCGUUCGAGACACGCAUCCUGGGCGGAGUGACCCUCUCACCCCGCCCCAACACCUACUGCAAGGAGAACAUCUCCGACUUCAGUGCCUGUGACACUGACCAGAAGGAGAUACUCAUCGACGAGACCUACUGUCUCUCCGUCGACCAUCUUGGGCGGCCGGUCGACAUCUACAGUGACCCCGACUACCGCAUGAAGUGCAUCGGCUUCUGGAAGGAGAACCUCAAGUCGUACCUGAUCACUUACGACGAGCUGGAUGCCUUCUCCAAGUACCGGUGCUGGGUGUACCAGCGCGCCGACCUCAACCGAGUGCUCAUGUCGCAGGCCAUCGGUCCCUUCUGCGACCUCAACCAGAAGGCCACCUCUUGGAACUACACCGAGGGUGCCGCCGUCGCCCUCAUCAUGCAGGAGUACGAGAGAGAACGUGACCAGUGUCCCAUGCAUUUCGACGACGGCCAAAACCCAUGGGUUGUGUCCGAGAACUACAUCAAGAUUUUCGACUUUUUCCGUGACGGAGCUGUAAGCAGUCGUAACCAAAUUGAACUCACUAUUGUCAGCUUUAUUCUAUUGCUAGUUGCUAACAGACUGUUCAACUCCUAGAUUAAUGUAGUAGUAUCAUUAUAGCGAAAGUAAAUUCAAAUCUCUCAAAUACUACUUAAUCUAACUGUUCAAUUCGUACUUUAUAGUGGGAUAAUGAAAGUAUAAGUACAUUCAAUAUCACUCAAAUACUACUUAAUCUAACUGUUCAAUUCAUAAAUUACAGUGGGGUAAUGAUAGUAAAAGUACUUACAAAUUUUUAAUUCAACUGUUCAAUCCGUACAUUAGAGUAGGCUAAUGAUAGCAAAAAUAAUUUCAUUAUGUUACUAUAACUGGGUUGAUUUGUCUGCUUUAAUCAUUGAGAUAAAUAUAACUACUAUAGAUAAUGUUAAUAAGAGUAUAGUGAUAUAGAUCCCAAUUAAUUGCGCCCAAGAGGCGCUUUGAUACACACAGCUCUUAUAACCCAAUUUUUUGUUAUUGUUUGUAGAUUGUAAAAAAUGAAUGGAACUUUUCUUGAAAGCUAAUAACUACCGACCCGUCCAAGAGAGGUUGACGUUAAUUAUUGUAGUUGAAAUACAAUAGUUUAUUGUACUUCGCUACUAAUAAUUAUUACUAGUAUUCGUGAAAAUAUAAAAUUAUUUAUAUUCUAUAAUUAUUAUCAAUAUUGAAAUCGUUGAAUUGUUCAAUAUAUUGUUUACAAUUUUUUCAAAGUAUGUGACACUAUAAUUUCAGCCAGGACAUGUAUUUGAAGAAGAUGUGUUAGCCUCAUUUUGGAGCGUGUGUGUUACAAAAAAUAUUAGAUGGGGAUAAUUCACACGUAGUUCUAACUAACUUACUGGCAAAUAUACAUAUUUUUUAAUUUAUUAUUUUUACAAACUUGUGGCAUUUUUAUCUAACUUGGGUUUUUAUUCUAUAAAUGACAAAAGCAUCUAUUAAUCA